UUUAACUUUCAUAAAAAAUUGGCAUUUUAUUUUUAUAUAAUGUAGCAAAUCUCUGUUUAUUCUGUCUUACAGGCUUUGGAUUUUCUCUAAACCUUCAGCCGUCAGUUAUCGUGAUUGGAAAGUACUUCUUGAAACGGCGACCAAUUGCAAAUGGCCUAGCAAUGGCAGGAAGUCCAGUCGUACUCUCUACGUUGGCACCUCUGAAUCAGUAUUUGUUCGACGAGUAUGGGUGGAGAGGGAGUUUUCUCAUCCUGGGAGCCCUGCUCUUGAACUGUUGUGUGGCUGGUGCUCUGUUUCGUCCUAUUGGACCCACAGUUCUAAAAUCUAAAAAACAAAAAGACAAAGGUGGUGAUAAAGCAAGUGCUGGCUUUAUGGAAACAGGGAAACUAAAGGAAAAGAAGGAAGAAAGCUGUAUGCAAAAAUUUAACAAAGUCCUUGAUUUGACCCUUUUUAAACACAGAGGCUUCUUAAUUUACCUUGUUGGAAAUGUUAUAAUGUUUCUUGCAUUUUAUGCUCCAAUUGUAUUUUUAACACCAUAUGCAAAGCAUCUAGGGGUUGAUGAAUACUCAUCAGCCUUUCUUUUAUCAAUACUUGCCAUAGUUGAUAUGUUUGCCAGACCACUUACAGGAAUCGUUGCCAACACCAAGUGGAUCAGGCCAAGAAUUCAAUAUUUUUUCAGUGCUUCUGUUGUAUUUAAUGGAUUCUGCCAUCUCAUGUGCCCGAUAGCCGGAGACUAUGCAGGUUUGGUGGUGUACUCUGUGUUUUUUGGAUUGGGUUUUGGCAUGGUGUGUGCAUUGCUAUUUGAAACUCUGAUGGAUCUUGUUGGCGUCAAACGAUUUUCCAGUGCUGUUGGGCUUGUCACCAUUGUGGAGUGUGUUCCUCUUCUAAUAGGACCCCCACUUGGAGGUAAAUAUAUUCCAUUUAAUUACACAUUUUGUAACAUAAACCAAAAUUAUUUUUAAAGAGGCAUUUUAUCUUAUUUUAAAUUUUAAUAACUGUAUUGCACUAGGAGUGCUUUCUCUGUUCCCUCCACCCUACUUUUCUCUCCUUAACUACAGAUAUCAACUGUACAGUGUAACAGGCUAUAAGUAUACACACAUAUAUACCUGGGCUUGUAGACACCCUAUAAGGGAUCACACUUGCUUGCACUGUAUCAUCUGUUUGUAAAUACUUCUCAACACUUGAGGGGUUCUAUACAUAUUUAUGCGCACUAGCACUUUUCUGUUUUGUGAUUGUUCCUGUACCUUAUUACCUGGUUAUAUUGUGGGUGCUGCAAACCUAUUUAUAUUUUAUCUUAAUUUUCUGCGCCAACUUAUCUACUGCACAUUUUUUCAGUAUUAGACUAAUGACAGUUGCAAGAGAGGAAUCAGUCGGGAGCUAUUAACAGUUUAAUUGAUACGCAUUUAUGAAGAAGUGGGUUUUUAAUGAUUUUUUGAAAGAGUGGAGACUCCAUAUAGCUGCAUAUAUGUAUGUAUAUAAAGUGAUCCAAUAAAGGUGAAAUGAGAUACAAGAAUAUUGAAAAAGAACUAUAUAAGACAUUAAGAUGUGUGCUUAUGUAAAGUUUUGUUAGUGUGUGAGAAAGCCAGAGUCUACAUUAAAGGACCACUAUAGUGCCAGGAAAACAUACUUGUUUUCCUGGCACUAUAGUGCCCUGAGGGUGCCCCCACCCUCAGGGACCCCCUCCCGCCGGGCUCUGGGGAGAGGAAAGGGGUAAAACUUACCUUUUUUCCAGCGCCGGACGGGGAGCUCUCCUCCUCCUCUCCGCCUCCGAUCCGGCAGGAGCUGUGCGUGCAUUCAGCCAGUCUCAUAGGAAAGCAUUUAUAAUGCUUUCUUAUGGACGCUGGCGUCUUCUCACUGUGAUUUUUCACAGUGAGAAGCACGCAAACGCCUCUAGCGGCUGUCAGUGAGACAGCCAUUAGAGGCUGGAUUAACCCAUUUAUAAACAUAGCAGUUUCUCUGAAACUGCUUUGUUUAUAAAAAAAAAAAAAGGGUUAAUCCUAGAGGGACCUGGCACCUAGACCACUUCAUUAAGCUGAAGUGGUCUGGGUGCCUAGAGUGGUCCUUUUAAGUAUAAGCCGAUUUUUUAUUUUUAUUUAUUUUUUUUUUUUUUUGGGGCACAUUUUUUGUGCUGAAAAAGCCCCCCUCGGCUUAUACUCGAGUCACUGUAAGACUGCAUGAAUUAUGGCAACUUACAUUGCCAUAAUACAGACCAGAACCGCCAGGCUCAUUACAAGUCCGGCGGUCCUGUUGGGGGCCGGAGCAAGCUGUUACCUGUGCAGCAGCUCCGUUCACCUCCCCAGUGUAAAUCUCACACAGACCGCAAGAUUUACACUGGGGAGAUGAACAGAGCUGCUGCACUGGUAAGUACUACAGCCUUGCACUUUGUCCUGGUUGAUUGCAAAGAAAGCCUACAAGUAAGUUCAGUGCGUCCUUUUGUCUUGGAGGCAGUUCUAGUCAGUGACCUGCUCAUUUAUUGUUUAUACAUGUUUUUGUGCUGAAUGAAAGUGGUACACAUACUUGAAUACCCCCAGAUUCGCUGUCUUUCAUUUAACUCUUCGCAUAUCUAUGAACGUUUUUCUUUCAUUUGCUCAAUUGGCUAAGGAAUGCUGUGCCUCCAGUGCAUCGAUUUUAGAUAUUGUAAAUACUGCCAUCACCCUUGACACCUGUUUUUCACUCAAACACUCAAUGAUGAUCUACCACCUGAAACUGAGCUUGCUCCGGCUCCCCCACUGCACAGCUAAUGCUACUGGACCACCAGGGAAUCAUAUAGCCCCCCUCGCUGGCCAGGUAACAAGCAGGGAGGGGGGACAAAAAAAAUAUCAAAAUAAUAAUAUUAAAGAAAAUAAAUUAAAAUAAAGAUAUUAAAAUAAUUAUUUAAAAAAAUUUAAAUAAUAAAAAUGCCCUCCCCCAACCCAGUUUACAUUCAUUAUAUACACACACACUGCGUUCACACAAACACACACAUUCUGCAUUCAUUAUAUACACACACUACACACAAAGAUUGCAUUCAUUAUAUACACACACUGUAAAUAAAUAUUCAAUUAAUGUAAUUUUUUUGGGUAUCUAAUUCUAUUUGGAAAUUUACCUGUAGCUGCUGCAUUUCCCACCCUAGGCUUAUAUUCGAGUCAACAAGUUUUCCCAGUUUUUUUGUGGUAAAAUUAGGGGCCUCUGCUAAUAUUCCGGUCGGCUUAUACUCGAGUAUAUACGGAAGCGCUUCUAGCAGCUGUCAGGAAGGCAGCCACUAGAUCCUGGAUUAACCUGCAAUGUAAACAUAGCAGUUUCUCUGAAACUGCUAUGUUUACAUCUGAAGGGUUAAAACCUGGGGGACCUGGCACCCAGACCAAUUCAUUGAUCUGAAGUGGUCUGGGUGACUAUAGUGUCCCUUUAAGGGAUCAUAUUCGAGCACAUCUGCGAAUGUGGUGUACAUGAUACAGUGUACAGUGUGUGACAAAGGUUGCUACAUUGGAGAAACUGGCCUUAAGCUGCAUCUCAGAAUGAAUCUACACAGACACUCAAUCAAGAACCACUAGGAAAAUGGAUAUUGUACCCCUGUUGGUCAUCACUUCACCCAGACUGGACAUUCCAUCCAAAACCUUUAGGAUUAAUGUUCUUAAAGGGAAUUUCAAAGACUCUCUUGAACGAAUUACAUUUGAGAUGAAAAUGAUCACACAUGUCAACACCAGAAAUGAAGGACUUAAUGUAGAUUCUGGCUUUCUCACACACUACCAAAACUUAACAUAAACACACAUCUUAAUGUCUUAUAUAGUAAUUUUUCAAUAUUCUCACUUCACCUUUGUUGGAGCAAUUUAUAGGGAUCGACCGAUUAUCGGUUUUGCCGAUUAUAUAAUCUGCGGUAAUACCGAUAAUGAGAGUACUUUUAUAUUGAAGACAUAAAAAACAAAUAUCAUAACAUAACUAUUGCUGUUUUUUUUGUCAGUCUACAUCAACUCAUCAUAUGUUACCGUCUGGUGAAAAAAAACUGUUUUUUGAUAAGGUGGGUUUAUAACAUUUUUAACGGAUUCAUUUUUGGUUUAUUUACAGGUGCAAUAGUUGAUGCCUCCGGGGACUACAGAUACAUGUUUUAUGCAUGUGGUGGUACCAUAGUGUUUGCAGGUUUGUUCCUAUUUGUUAUGAACUAUUAUAACUAUCGGAUGCUUGAGAAGGAAGAAAAGGAAAGACAAGACAAAGAGAUUGAAAUGAAAGAAGGCAAUGGCUUCACAACAGAAAACAAAAAGCAAGCACUAAAUGACACUGAUCAUGAGGUCAAAAAUGGCCAUGAGAUCAUAGCUGAACAAUCUGAACCUGAAAAAAGUUCGAAAGAAGAACUUAAUGGCUCAAAAUGAGCAUAGACAUAAAGGACCUGAAAACAUGAUGGUUUUGUAAGUGUAGUAAAUUUUCAGACCAAAAUGAUAAUUUACUGUGAUUAGAUAUGGGUACAUUUCUGUCCUAAAAGACAAAUUGGAGAAACUUGACAUUUUUGACAAAACACAUGAAACCCAGCUGAUUAUUAUAUAUUUUUUUUCUUCUUUAGCGGGAAAUCCAGGAAAAUAUUCCCUGGCGAAAAUUAGUCCUAUUGUAAUUCAGGAUUACUGAAUUGACAACGUUCUUUUGCAAACAUAAGAUGUGUAAUUUCACAAGAAGACAAAAAUGGUAGCCCAUUACUAGCAUUGAUCAACAUACAGGUCCCUUGUAUGUUGCUUUUGGAUUCAAAUACAAUAUAUUUAUAGAUAUAUAUCUCAUGAUUUAAAUUAUGUAACAUAAAAAGAUAAUACAAGUGUUUAUUGAAUGAGCAAUGAGAAAUUAUAUAAUUUUGAAGACCAUUAAAUUAUGGCAAUGUUUAUUUAAUGUUGCAAUAAAAAAUUACAUUGUCACAAUCAUAUGUAAAGAAGACUUAUAACUGAAAUUUGGAUCAGAACAUUGGAGAGUCUUCAGUUCAAGAUUUUAAUGAAACUGAAUAUCGGCUAAAUUGAAAUAAGUGCUCUUAGGUUUCUUUCAUCUGCUUUAAUAGGUUAUUCCAACUACCAUGACCACCUCUGCUUUUAGAAGUGGUCAUGGUGGUAGCAAUUUAUAUUUGCAGCAUCUCUGCUUGAAACACUUCCUAUUCGAAAAAAUAAUUCAUUUUGUGCAGGAGUGUAAUUGCACCCCCUGCACAUGCGAAUAAUGUUAAUGUUCGACAUGUGCUAAAAUGUAUUUGAAGUUAUUAUUUAAAAAAUAUUCGUACUAGUUGUCAAACAAAUCAUUUUCCGAAAAUCUGGUUAAUUUGUUAUCGAAUUGUUUGAAUUAAAAUCCUUUAAAAGGGAAUUUUAAUUCGAAUUAAUUUGUACAAUUUAUGAAUCAAAUUGAUAUUCGGUAUCGAUUCUUUUGAUGAUUAGCAUUAAUUGGAGUAACCCUUUAAUGGGUUAAUCAACAAAUGCUCCACUACCAGCAAUAUUUAAUAUUGUGGAAAGAAAUAUCUUUAUAUAUUUCCUUGUGUAGUGAUCAUGUAAAUUCUGUUUUCCCAUUUUAUAAUUUUUCUUUGUAAUGCCCAUUUCAAUUAGUUUUAAAUUAAAUUAACGGCACCAUACAUUUCAUUUGAAAGAUGUGCUAGUCCUUUGACCCUUUGAUAUGAUCUCAUGUGUUCUGGAAGCUUUAAAUAGAGAUGAUAAGCUCAACUAAGGGGAAUUAAUAUUACAGACAUAAUGUAAGGCACAAUCUGCAUCACUGCAGGAGAGUGUAGGCCAUUUCUAAAAUGUAUAUUUAAUAACUGAUUUCUCAAUGAUGGAUGUUCUUUAAUAAAUGAAAUCUAGCACUGCUGUGAAAGCAUGACACGCAGGGAGCCACAGAGGGAAGAAGUGCUGAAUUAUGGUAGCUUUGAGGAUAUUAUUUCAUCAUAUAAUGUCUUAAGGGAAUAGGGAAACAUGGAGAGUGCGUUGAACUACUAUCCGCGAACAAGCACUUUCCCUAUUGUGUCUUUGCUCUAUUAAAAGAAUAAGUGUUUGUUCUGUAUUAAUUGUUUUCUACACAAUAUUUUGUUUGUUUUAUAGACUUCACUCAUUUCCUAGUAGACUAAGGUGAACCUGGUUGUGCUCUUAAUAUGGUGGGCACUGGUCACUGUAAGUCUUUAUUGGACCCGACUCAGAGCUUCACCCUAUAAUCUGACUGUCCAUGACUAGUUAUCGAAUAUACUAAAAGGAAUACUCCAAAUUUAGAAAUAAAUAUAUUUAUUUCUAGUUUUGGAGUGUUCCCCUGUUCAUCUAGAUCAGACCUGCACAACCUGCACCCCCCUAGAUGUUUUGAACUACAACUCGAAUGAUCCCCCUAGCUAUCAGCCAUGAUUCCCUGGCUAUCUGUUUCAUUCAAAAAAACAUGGGC